AUCCUCCUGACUUCACGGUUUGAGAGGGGAGGCUUUCGGCUUCACGUGCGUGUGUCGCUUCGGCGUGGAUUCUUCGAGUCUUCAACUUUUUUUCCUCGAAAAUCCGUUCAAACCGGCAAGAGCCGUCAUGUAUUUUGCGGAAUUCAGGUAAAAUUAGCCCAAACCCACGAAACCGAGCCGGGAAACACCGAAUGCACGUGAAAGCUCAAUCAACCUUUCAGAGGACACGGUCAUUUAGAGUUCAAGUCAUCAAUCUGACCGAACACAAAAUGCAGGUGCUGUAGAUGUAACACCCACUUGCUGCCAUCAUGCAGCCCGGGUCAUCUGAAGCUAGCCUGACGGCACAGCCCGUGGCCAUCCUGCGGAUACACUGCCGGACGUUACUCGCCUGCGUGUUAGGGGGUCUCACUCCCACCGGGGAGGCGUGCCGCACGGACCGACGGAUGUGCAUGUUUGUGGGUGCGCGUAUGUGUCCCUGCGUGUGAUUUUUUUUUUUUUUUUCGUAUGUGCUUAUUUUUGUGGAUGAGUGUGCACCAGGGCCCGGUAUAUGGAUAGAAGCUCUCUGUUUCAGCUCAUACAAGAGCAGCUGGACCCAGAGCAGACUGGUUUUAUAGCUGUGGAAAAUUUCACCAGUCUAGCUGAGCAUCAUGAGUUACAGUUGGACCCCAGCAAACUGGAGAUGUUGCUCGCGCUGGUCCAGAGCAACGAACACGGACACGUCUGCUAUCAGGAACUCAUCGAGCUGCUGAAUUGUAAACGUUCAAGUAGUUUUCGCCGAGCCAUCGCAAAUGGGCGUCGGACGCUGCAGCGAGAGAUCUUAUUGGACGAGACAGGGCUGGGUGUGUACAAGCGCUUUGUGCGAUACGUGGCUUAUGAGAUUCUGCCGUGCGAGACUGACCGCCGAUGGUACUUCCAUCAGAACAGACUGUGCCCUCCACCUGUGUUCAUGGCUAUCAUCACUAUUGUACAGAUCAUCGUGUUCAUGUGUUAUGGCGUGAUGUUAAAUAAAUGGGUGUUGCAAACAUACCAGCCGGAUUUCAUGAAGAGCCCGCUGGUGUAUCACCCCGGGCACCGGGCACAGAUCUGGAGGUUCUUCAGCUAUAUGUUCAUGCACGUUGGGUUAGAGCAGUUGGGCUUUAAUGCUCUUCUCCAGCUGAUGAUUGGAGUUCCACUAGAGAUGGUUCAUGUCUUGAGAAUCAGUCUGUUGUACAUGGCAGGAGUCGUCGCUGGAUCAUUGACAGUGUCCAUCACGGAUAUGCGGGCUCCGGUGGUGGGCGGGUCCGGAGGGGUCUAUGCUCUCUGCUCGGCACAUCUCGCUAACGUUGUCAUGAACUGGGCAGGUAUGAAGUGUCCAUACAAAUUGCUGCGGAUGAUUCUUGCACUAGUUUGCAUGAGUUCUGAAGUGGGCCGCGCCGUAUGGUUACGCUUCUCGCCGCCCCUCCCCUCGUCCGGGCCGCAGCCCAGUUUCAUGGCUCAUCUUUCGGGUGCCAUGGUGGGAAUCAGCAUGGGUCUGCUCAUCCUGCGCAGCUACGAGGAAUCCCUGCAUAAACAGUGUUCCUGGUGGGUUCUCAUCUUCUCCUUCAUCACCUUCCUCCUAUUCGCCAUCUUCUGGAACAUUUUCGCUUACGAGCUGCUCGGGGUACAAAUCCCGUCCCCUCCCUGAUGACACGCCUCGGUGGCUGUGAAAAGCCACGCCCCAAGACCCUCGGUAACGGUCGGAUGCAGGUUGUACUCCACUCGUCCAGCAGUGGAAAAACGGAUGGGAGGAUUUUGAAAUGUUGUGAAAUGAAAAGCAUAUUCACAUUCCAUACAGUGAACAUAUCUGGUGUGGUAUUUUUAAUGAACACUUCACGGCAGCUCGAGGGUCCGUCGAGUGCAUUUGAACGGACCGUCUGUAUAUCUAACAAUGAAAACAUGCAAACUCACACAUCAAAUUUGUUUUCUUUUCUAUGUGUGAAUUCAGCCCGAGGCUUGUUCACGAUGCAUUUCUGAAUUAUUUGCCUCAUCUAAGCCUGUUACGUGCUACAGAUACAGAUCCCUUAACAGAAAAAACAGCGUCAUCCAGAAACAGGAAUGUGUCUGACAAAAACAAAGCCUCACGCUUGAUGAUACAGCAGAGUUUUUGCAGGAGAAAGAGGGAUUGAUGUCAUCUCUUAGUUGUUGUUGUUGCUUUAUUACAGAUCGUAUAAAUAGCGUAUUUUCAGGUUAAAACAAUGUCUAAACUACACGAUCUAAAAUGAUCUUGGUCUUAGAUUUGGAACAAUUUCUUUGCCUUAUUUUGCUAUUGCCAGGAAGACAUAAACAGAAGUUGUUUUCCAAAACUCAAUGAGCUGUGUACUAGGGGUGUCACAAUAACCGUGAUGGAUAUUGUGUUAAUUCUGAUAAUAUCAUAAAUAAUCCAGCAACAGGAUCACGUUGACAUUUUAUUAUGCACCUGUAUGACAUUUUGCCUUAAGAGCCGCAAUGGUCACAAACUCUCUCGUUUCCGCCCUACACUACAGUGUGGCCAUAAAAAGAGAAACAAAGUAAAAAGAAAUUACACUCAUAGCAUCUAUUUUUUAUAAUUUCGUAGAUCUCACUAUAAUUAAUGUGAAUUAUUUUAGCCAUGAUGAUGGUGUAUUAAAAAUCGGAUAUUGUGACAGCCCUACCGUGUACUUGCAGGCGUCCUCCAGGUGCAAAGGAUCUUCUGAUAUCUUACCUUGGGCAAAGUUUACAAUUGCAUCUACAGCCGUGCAGUUUAAAUGCACUGAAAUGAUAAAGAUCCAUCCGAGAUGGCGUGAGCCGUUUAUGAAUAGAGUAACUAACGGAUCCUUUAUCAUGACCUCUACAAAUUAUUCUGAUAUACACAUAAACACAUAUAGGAAAGGGUUUAAAAGUACAGAGAGACAGAUUUACAGGCAAUAUGUCUGUGCUAUACAGUAAUUAUUACUUCAGUCGUUGCCGUGCAGAUAGCGGUUGUUAUGGUAACAGCAACAAGAUGCUAUUGACAUAGAAACAGAAUGUCACGACCAGCAUUGAGGGUUCGGCAACCCAGACGUCUACAUUUUGUAGCCAGUGGAGCAGAUAGUGAUUGUGACUGGAUUUUAGAUGAAUAUUUACCUUACGAUAAAACCGUCAACUAUUGAUAAGACUGAAAAAACGCCGGAGGAGAACAUUUAUUUUCCAACUCUUAGACAAAGCAAAUAAUCACGUAAUUCGGUAGUGCCAAAUUAUCAUUUGCCAAGCUGCUACAAGGUUAACAAAAGGAUUCUAAUGAAAUUGCUGAAGGAAGAGUUUAUAUAAGAUUACCGUCUUACCGCAUUGACUUGAUUUCUUUUCAUUUUUGAAAAGCACGACUUGUGUGUUUGGUUGAUAUCUCUGAUGUUGUGUAUUUUUUAUGCCAUAAAUCUAUAUUUAUAUUUCUUCAGAGUGGUAGGCCUUGUGGGAUCAUGCCGUUUGUGAAGGUUGUCUUAAACCGAGGGCCCCGAUAAUGCAAAGCGCAAGAAAUCCCCGAAUUUACCCAAAUUGCCCUGGAAAACAAAAAAAAUAUGUUGAAUGGAUAAAUUCUUACAGGGGUCAAGGACAUUUAAAGGAAUAUUUCUCCUUUACAAUGAAAUUCUGUCAUCAUUGACUCAUAAUGUUGUCGUUUUAAACCUGUGUGAUUUUCUUUAUUCUGAAAAACACAAAAGCAGAUAUUUUGAAAAAAACCAAUGCAUGGUUUUCUAUUACCGACAUUUUUCAAAAUAUCUUCUUUAGUUUUUUGCAGAAAAAGAGAAACUCUUACAGGUUUGAAAUGACAAGAGGACCUGUAAAUAAUGACAGAAUUUUCAUUUUGAAGGUAACUAUUCCUAUUUAUGAGAAUGAGUCAGUCUUCUAAAGUAAACAUGAAACAACAUGUGUGAUUCAUUUUGCUUUCAUAAUUUGACAUUUCUUUGAGGUGCAAGUAUUUUCCAUCAGGAAUUGGGAAAAGUUUGCAUUAUACACCAAAACGCAGCAAUGGGGUGAUGAAUUGUGCAUACUAACUCAAGAAAUUUAUAAGAGGGGUAAUUUUUUUAUUGUGACAUUGUAAUGUUCUGAUCCAGAGUCGCUCUGGAAUAUGUGGAAUCUGUGUAAAAUCUAUUUGGCUGGCACGUAUGGACAGUUGAAAAAUGAAAGCUUAUAAAUAUUUAUCAGACAUACAGUUAGAAGGUGAAAUGCAGUGUUGAUGUAUGUGAUAAAAAAAUAAAUGAGAUGUAAAAGGUGA